AUGCAAACACUUACCUUCUCGCAAUCAUCUCGGAUCAUCUUGCGCUCGUCGGGCAAUGGCCGCCUCGCCGCCGCCGCCGCCACCCUACCCCGCUGCCACCCGCCACCGCUACCCCCGCUGCCACCCGCCACCGGUGCCCUCACCACCUGCCACCGCUACACCCCGCCUGCGCUGCCACCACACCCCCAUUGGCCGCCCGUGCUACCCCAUGCCACCUGCCCACCCCCCACUGCCACCUGCCACCACUACCCCAUUGCCGCCCGCCACCGCUACCCACUGCCACCUGCUACCCCCACUGCCACCUGUCCACCUGCCCACCGCUACCCCCACUGCCACCUGCCACCACUACCCCCGCUGCCACCUGCCACCGCUACCCCCAUUGCACCCUGCCACCGCUACCCCCACUGCCACCUGCCACCUACCCCACCCUGCCACACUACCCCCACUGCCACCUGCCACCGCUACCCCCACUGCCACCUGCCACCACUACCCACCCCCACCGCUUGCCUGCCACCCGCCACCGCUACCCCACCUUCACCGCCCCCACUGCCACCUGCCACCGCUACCCCCCCCACUGCCACCUGCUUCACCUGGCUACCCCCACUGCCACCUGCCACCGCUACCCCCACUGCACCUGCCACCACUACCCCCAUUCCACCGCUACCCCCACUGCCACCUGCCACCGCUACCCCCACUGCCACCUGCCACCGCUACCCCCGCUGCCACCCGCCACCGGUGCCCUCACUGCCACCUGCCACCGCUACAACCAGUGCCGCCUGCCACCACUACCCCCACUGCCACCUGCCACCACUACCCCAUUGCCGCCCCACCGCUACCCCCACUGCCACCUGCCACCGCUACCCCCACUGCCACCUGCCACCACUACCCCCAUUGCCGCCCGCCACCGCUACCCCCACUGCCACCUGCCACCUCCCCACGCACCUAACCCUCCCACUGCCACCCUGCCCCGCUACCCCCGCUGCCACCCCACCACUACUGCCCCACCGCUCCCACUGCCACCUGCCACCGCUACCCCCACUGCCACCUGCCACCUGCUACCCCCCACGCCCGCCACCGCUACCCCCACUGCCACCUGCCAACCGCUACCCCGCUGCCACCUGCCACCACUACCCCCAUUGCCGCCGCCCCACGCCUUACCCCCACUGCCACCUGCCACCGCUACCCCCUGCUGCGCUACCUGCCACCACUACCCCCAUUGCCUGCCCCGCCACCGCUACCCCCACUGCCACCUGCCACCGCUACCCCCACCACCUGCUACCCCACCACUACCCCAGCCACCGCUACCCCCACUGCCACCUGCCCACCGCUACCCCACUGCCACCUGCCACCGCUACCCCCACUGCCACCUGCCACCGCUACCCCACUGCCACCUGCCACCGCUACCCCCACUGCCACCUGCCACCGCUACCCCCACUGCCACCUGCCACCGCUACCCCCACUGCCACCUGCCACGCUACCCCACUGCCACUCACCACACUGCUGAUAAUGCAUCCGCAUGUAUUAAUGCCAUCACUGCCACCAUUUACGAAUCUAUUUGUACUUCUGCCACCACCCGCACUGCAACCGCUUGCUACCAGUUCCUUCACUACCACCUCUGACACCAGCUCAUUUAUUAGUACCACUUCCGCAGCUACCACAGGCACUACAGGUUAUGCAACCGCUGGAACAAAGGCCCUUGCAACUGGUACAAGGAUUAUGGCUGACAUUACAUUGUAUGGCUGUUGUCUGAUCGUUUUAGAAGGUCAAGUAGCCAGGCAGACAGCCAGGGCCAUCCAUAGACAGCGAGACAGCCAGCAGCCAUCACACAGACAGCAGACAGCCAUCGACACAGACAGCGAGAACCAUCGACCACAGACAGCAGCAGCCAUCGACACAGACAGCGAGACAGACAGCCACUCGAACAAUCAUGGAUAA